AUGAGUCGUCCCGAGCACAUUUCGCCACCAGAACUCUACUACAAUGAGAAAGAGGCUGCCAAGUACAAUUCCAGCUCGCGGAUCGUCAAAGUACAGCAGGAGCUCUCGACUCGAGCGAUUGAGUUGCUGAAUCUGCCUCAAGACCACGAAGCUUUUAUCUUGGACGUUGGCUGUGGGAGCGGUCUAAGCGGAGUGGCACUCGAGGAACACGGUCAUGCGUGGGUUGGCGUCGAUAUCAGCAAAGAUAUGCUGGAAAUUGCUUCGGAGCGAGACAGCAGUGGGGACGUGUUUCUGCAAGACAUGGGCGGCGGCCUACCCUUUCGUCCGGGUGUCUUUGAUGGCUGUAUCAGUAUAUCCGCUGUGCAGUGGCUCUGCUACUCGGACAAGAAGGAACACACGGCUCGGAAGCGUCUUACACGCUUCUUUACGUCGCUGUUUACGUGCUUGAAGGCUGGCAGUCGAGCCGUAUUGCAACUGUAUCCCGAAACGCCCGAGCAGAUGGAGGAGAUAUCAGGCACCGCUAUGCGCUGCGGCUUUUCUGGUGGUCUCGUGGUUGACUUUCCAAAUAGCGCCAAGGCCAAGAAAUUCUACUUGUGUCUUUUUGCUGGAUACCUGCAGCAGCAGCAGCAGCAGGUUCCACAAGGUCUCGGUGUAGGAGCCACUGCGAAUGAGAUCUCGUACGAAGGACGCGGCCGAACCCAACGCCCACGCCGAGGAAAGGGACGCGAACAAGUUAAAGCCAAGGACUGGGUGAUGGCAAAGAAGGAGCGUUAUCGCAAGCAGGGCAAGAAGGUCAAGUCAGAUAGCAAGUUCACGGGCAGAAAACGCCCUGGCAAGUUUUAA